AUGGACUCAACCGCAACUAGUGGCUUUGCCCUCAUCGAUGCCAUGGUAGAUGGUACAUCUCAGUUCACAGUGACAGCAGGCGGUGCAACGACAAUAGCAUCUGGAGGACUUAGUGUGCAGGGUGGCGUGACUGUCGUGGACACUGGUGUGAACGUAGCGGCAGGAAACGUACUUAUAUCAAGUAAUACUCAAUCAGGAGCGACCAAUACUGGUGCUUUAGUAGUAACUGGCGGCGUCGGGAUUGGGCUCGACCUCCGCUGUGGUGGUACUAUAUUUGGCACAGUUGUCACCACACCCUCUGAUGGACGCUUAAAAACAACGAUACAAGAUCUCACAUCGUCACAAAUGAUCAUCAAUCAGCUACGCCCGGUGACAUAUGAAUGGCGACGAGACAAAUUUCCAUCCCGCAAUUUUCCUGAUGGGACAUUCCCAGGAUUUCUUGCAGACGAAGUAGAGCAAGUCCUGCCAGGUUUGGUGACAGAGGAUGUCGAUGGCUGGAAGUCACUUAACUAUGUGGGUAUCAUUCCGCACUUAACGCGUGCUCUGCAAGAAGUUCAAAGUGAACUUAAGGCUCUUCAGCAGCAGAUUUUAGAAAUGCAUGUCAAAUUGUCUAAAACGUCUCAAAUAUGA